CUGGCGAGCGGCGCGGACACAUGCGAGCACAGCCCCGGUGCCCGCGGAGGAGCCAUGGCCUCAGCCGGACCCCCUGCGGCCACCACGCAGCCGGCCCUGCCCUCCGGCACCGCCGUCCUCAGAACCAUCCCCUACUCGUUCAUCCUGCCCGAGAUUUUCUGUGGGACGUGGGUGUGGAUCCUCGUUGCUGCGACCUCCGUCUCCUUCCCGCUGCUGCAGGGAUGGGUGAUGUACGUGUCCCUCACCUCCUCCCUCAUCUCCCUGCUGCUGCUCUUGAGCUACCUCUUUGGCUUACACAGAAACAGCGAGAACUGGAAAGUGCUGGACAGUCUGUACCAUGGUGCCACAGCCAUUCUGUACAUGAGCGCUGCUGUCCUGCAAGCCAACGCGACCAUCCGCUCUGAGUCCGAGCUCAACUCGCCCCUUUACUACCAUCUCAACAGUGCUGCAUCGUUAUUCGCCUUCAUCACGACCUUCCUGUACAUCCUCCACGCCUUCUGCAUCUACUACCAGUGAGCCUGGCAGCACCAGCUUCACCUCUGCAGGACAAGGGCUCCUUCCCAGCGCAAGGGAUGCAGCUGUUGUCCAUCAAGGUGUCCCUGCCACCCCCUGUGGGACAGCUGUUACCUUCUCACUUCAUGGAAGGAGGGAUCUGUGUACAGUAGUGUCACGUUGGUGUGCUCGUGGGGACAUUCCGUGCCUUGCCCAUGGGCUGUGCCAGGCAGCAGGCUCCGAGCCAGCCUCCCGCUCCGACCUUCUGCCAAGUAGAGACGACCAAGGAAAGGAAAAAGAAAGUCACUGUUCCUUCAGCAAACAAUGCCUUUUCUUGUAUUAUUUUCCUGUCUCUGGUGCAGUCAGAUCACCCCUCAGACCAUAAAUCCAUAACAGUAA